AUGACAAGGCUAUCAAAUCAGUACAGCCCUAUUCCCUUGUGGUUGGACUGCGACCCUGGUAAUUACUAUCCUCAUAUUGCAUUACCAAUCACUAACGCUAAGGAUGCCUUCGCAAUUUUGAUCGCUGCUCAUCAUCCUUCUUUGCAUCUUCUUGGGAUUAGUACCGUCCAUGGAAAUGCAUCUUUAGAGAACACAACUGCCAAUGCGGGCAGUAUCUUGACAGCCAUUGGCAAGCCUGAUAUUCCGGUUUAUCCUGGUAGCCGGAAGCCCUUUUCGCGUGCCGCUAUGCAUGCGCCAGAUAUCCAUGGCGAAUCCGGGCUUGAUGGUACCGACCUUCUCCCUAAGGCCAUAAGAGCACCCAUCACCGAUAAAAACCCCAUUGUGGCCAUGAGAGAUGCCCUGAUGGCGCAACCCAAAGGUGUUUCAUGGGUGGUUGCAACAGGAACCCUGACUAACGUGGCCUUGCUGUUUGCAACCUUUCCUGAGGUUGCAGAACACAUUCAGGGACUAAGCCUUAUGGGUGGUGCCAUCGGGGGAGGAUUUACUGAUGCGCCCAUGAGCCGACUCGCGGGUGAGAGGUCUAGAAUUGGCAAUGUGACACCAUGGGCUGAGUUUAACAUCUAUUGUGACCCGGAGGCUUCAGAGUCAAUAUUUAGCAAUCCUAUUCUUGCCGCGAAAACCACUAUCGCUGCUUUGGAUCUUACGCAUCAGGUUCUAGCCUCACAGGCUGUUCAAACCCGUAUUUUGCAUGGUUCGGUCCACGCAGACAAGGAACCCACCGUUCUUCGCCAGAUCUUGCAUGCAUUGCUCACCUUCUUCGCUGCAACGUAUGAGAAAGCAUUUGGGCUGACCACCGGUCCUCCACUACAUGAUCCUCUUGCCGUGGCUGUGAUCCUGUCGAAUUUGAACCCAACAUUUGCUAAAAGCCUCCCCAAUCAAGUUCUUAACUUCGACGACAGAGGCGGGGAACGAUUCGCUUUGAAGAUUGUCACGGAUGGACAGCACGGUAAAGAUGUAUCCAUUACGGGACAACUGGGGCGGUCGAUCGCUGCUCCAGUUGAUGGCCCAGGCGUUGCUAUUCCGAGAGGCGUUGAUCUAGAUGCCUUCUGGGACAUUAUCCUCCAAUGUGUCCAGCUAGCUGACGAUUGCAACGCUGCGCAA